GUCCCCUCUUCAAGAGUAGAGACGUAUGGAAGAUCUCAACAUUCAUCAAGACAUUUUGAUCACGAUGACAUCUCUGGAGUUUGCUUUAUUUCUGGGUUGUCUUUGCUCGUGGAGAGCAGCUCUGACAACUACUUUUAAAUUGUCCUUGUCUGUGCGUCAAGAGAGUGGUUUUGUAUCAGCAGACGUUGGCGACAGUGUGACAUUACGAUGUUUCUAUGAAGGUGAUGUUGCAGCAGUGUUUUACUGGUAUAAGCAAACUCUGGGGCAGAAACCAAGACUCAUCUCUACCUUCUAUAGAUAUGAUAAAAAUGGCACUUUUAGUGAUGAAUUUAAAAACGACCCACGCUUUACAUUGGAAACUAAUAAUGGUAAAAAUCAUUUGACGAUCUUGAACUUGCAGAUUUCAGACUCAGCUACUUACUACUGCAUGAGUUGCUAUGCGUACAAGUUUCAAUUUGCAGAGGGCAUCACUGUUGAUGUUAAGGGUUCAGGUUUGAAUGUCCCAGCUUUGGUCCAUCAGUCAGCAUCUGAGACCAUCCAGCCAGGAGGCUCUGUGACUCUGAACUGUACAGUACACACUGGGAGCUGUGAUGAUGGAGAACACAGUGUUUACUGGUUCAAAAGCUCUGAUGAGUCUCAUCCAGGACUCAUUUACAGCCAUGGAGGCAGGAAUGAUCAGUGUGAGAGGAAACCUGACACACAAACACACACCUGUGUCUACAACCUGCCGAUGAAGAGCCUGAAUCUUUCUCAUGCUGGGACCUACUACUGUGCUGUUGCCUCAUGUGGAUACAUACUGUUUGGAGACGGGACCAAGCUGGACUUUGAGGAUGAGACUGACUCUCCCGACUCUCUUGUGUAUUUCUUGAGUGGAGUUUUGGCAUUCACCAUCAUCCUGGUUGUUUUACUGGCUUUCUUAGUGUGCAUGAUGUACAAGAGAAACUGCUGCCAGUGUAGAGAGUCUGAAAGAGUUUCAGCUUCCACAGCCACAAACGCAGAGUGUUAUCAAGAUGCAGACAACCUCCAUUACGCUGCUAUACAGGAACACAAGGCUAACAGAUCAAGGAAACAGAGAGACGACACCAUGUCUGAAUGUGUGUACUCAAGUGUGAAGCAGUAGAACUGGACAUUUUUCAUAUUUAUGUUGUGUUUUUAUUCCUCCACGCCAGCGAUAGCUGCAGCCAGAGGCAUCAUGUUUUUAGAUUGUUUGUCUGUCUGUCCCAUCCUUGUGAACACGAUAUUUCAAAAACAGCCUGAGGGAAUUGAGAGACCACUUGGACUCAAAUAUGAACUGAUUAGGUUUUGGUGGUCAUAGGUUAAAGAUCAAGGUCACUGUGGCCUUGUCUGCCUCAUUCUCAUGAACGGAAUACCUUAAGAACACCUCGAGGGAAUUUCUUCAAAUUUGGCACAAAGCUUGACUUGAACUCAGGGAUGAGCUCAUUAGAAUUCAGUGGUCAAGGGUCAAAGGUCAAGGUCACUGUGACCUUGCAUCUCUAUCAUUCUUUUGAACGCAACAUCUCAAUAACAGCUAGGGGAAAUUUAUUUAAAUAUGGCACAAAUGUUUACUAGGACUCAUCAAUGAACUGCUUGGAUUUUGUUGGUCAAAGGUCAAGGUCAAUGUGACCUUGCAUCUGUUUCAUUCUUGUGAACUUGAUAAUCUCAAGAACACCAUAAGGGAAUUUGGAAUUUGGACUUUGGACGUCCACUUGCACUGAAGAGAAAGCUGAUUAGAAUUUUCUAGUCAAAGGUCAAGAUGUGGGUGGUGACCUUACAAAAUAUGUUUUUUUUGGCUUUAACUCAAAAAUUCAUAUGCCAAUUAUGACAAAAAUGUCUGAUAGGAUUAGAUAACGAAGUGAUGACAUUUUAUAUCCAAAAGGUCAAAGGUCAGCAUCACUGUGACAUCAUAAUGUUCUGCAUAAAACACUUUUCUGGCCAUAAAUCAGUGUCUCAGGAACAGAAGGGGAAAUAUUUGGUCAGAUACUUAAUGGUGACACUCAUCUUGGGUGUCCACUUUAAAACUGUGCUGAUUGUAUAGAACUUCUGUGCUGUCAGGGGGAAAAUGUGUGUGAAGCAUCCAUGUUUUCACAGACAUGAAUGUAAAACUGUAACAGAAACUUGACUGGUGUGCGGGGGUAUACAACCACAGGGCGGUAAUUCUAGUUUUUCUGAAGAUGUUAUUUUGUUAAUACCUCGUAACACAUUGAGAAGGGAUAUGGAUUUUCUUAAAAUAGAAUAGGUAUACUGAAUGCAAGGCCUUGGGUUGCAGGAAAGUUCUUAAACAAGAUUAUGCAAUGACAGUUCAGCUGUCUAAUGUGUUUUUUUAUGUGCAGGCAAAUGUGCCAUACUACCACUAUACCUAUUUUAUCAGCCUCUGAAAACAAAAGACGUACAAUUUUAUUUUACCAAGCCAAACCUUAACCACUGACAAUGUGUAUGUUUAAGCAUCAAAGAAAACAGCAACAUAUUGCUCUGCACUCCUCUGGGCUGGUCAGUACUGAAUGCUUUAUUCUUUACAUAUAUUUGUAGAUGUUGCAACAACCCCACUGAUGUAAGAAUCUUUGUGUGGCUUCCCUUGUGGUCUGCAGUCAAAAGAUGAGAUGUAUGCUUCGUUAAGGUUUAGAGGCAUGUGUAAAUGCAAGCUCUCUUUGUUUUUGUGUUUUAGUGGGUUCAAGCAGGAUGUCUUUACAUUGUAAAUGUGUUUGCUCCCUUUUUUGUAACAAUUUUGUGCUUUACUGUUUUAAUAUUCAUUGUGUUCAACUAAAUGCAAUACUAUGAAAGUGCAUUUUCUGUCAUUAAUAACUAAUACCAUGACUCAUGUUACUCUGUGACAUUGAGCUAAUGUGUCUGUGUAUAGUAUGUAAACUAUGAAUAUCUACAAAUACAGCGCUGUCAUGUCAGCAAUAGCGGGGCAGGCUACAUCAACACUGCUGUGGUAAUAUGAUGCUAACUGUGGAUUUGAUGUCAUUAACGACAUCACCACUUUUCCCCCUCUACAGUCAAGCAACAAGACCACAGUGAGACAACCACCGCACUGUAGAGACCACUGCACACAUCUGGAUUAAAUCUCAAGGACUACUACCUCCAAGUUAGUUGUGUGUUCCAAUGAACACACCUUGAAAUUAAUGAAAUGGGAAGCCAGUGAGGGAUCACAUUUUAGCUCCUUGAUUGCACUUCAAAAGAAGCUGUCUUCACCCUCUU